AAAAGUGGGUCGCCUGCAGCCACUCACUUUCACUAUUACAUGGCUGUGUAAUCAUUAUCCAUUGUAUCACCGCUGGCCGCACUAGACUAGCUGUUCAUUCCGUCAGUGUUGCUCAGGGGUUACACCUCAGUCUUCGUUCUCGAACUAUUCAGUCUGUCUUGUGGACACAGACCCUUAACAUCGCGAUCUACGAUCGUUGCCAGAGAGUGAGACUUCGCGUGGCGUCCUGUUUUCGCUUCAGUUACAUCACUGACACACACACACACACACAAAAAAGUACUUGCCAGUGUCUGAGUAAUCGUGCUAGUGAGACGCACGUCAAAGUAGUGCCGGACUGGCAGCCGACAGGUGAACAGCUGCGUGGUGUGAUUGUGACAUUUUACCUACCAGUACUGCUCGUUUUGUGGUUGUAGUGAUCUGUGUGUGUGUACAGUUCUCUUUCUUUAAAAGUGGCUUGUUCCUGCUGUUUUUAUAUAUCAAGUGAUUUUAAAUUUCAGUGAAUCGAUGAUUUUGAUGUGAAUCCAUCUUUCAUGUUUCUUACAUGGAUUCACAAAUACCUUUCUGUGUGUCUCGCUCAGAACCAAAGUAUUAUCUUCGUAGAAACUUGGCCGAUCACCACGUGCUGUUCGGGUGGUUGUCAGUUGUGAGAUUUAUCCCUCCCCGUAACAGGGGAUGGAAUAGAGGAUAACAGUGAAGUAGUGUUCUUAGAACUGUACUCGAUCGUGUGGCAGUCUGUCGCAACACCCCCCUCCCCCCUCGUUUCGUUUUUUAUUGAUUGUGAUUUGUGAUUUCACAUUAAGUACUUGUCAACUGCUUCAGAUAUUUCGUGAUAUUUGUUUGUGGAAUAGUGUAAUAAGUGAUCAGACAUUGCUUUUAAUCGUACUUGAUAAGUCUGUGAGGGGAUUCUAAACGUCUUGAUUUUGGAUCUGGGACUCGUUGGUGUAAAGUGUCGGAUAUCUCACUGAUACUCAGACUAAAGUGCUGUGUUUAGUCACUUGUCUUGUGCGUAGCGCCCGACGUACUAUGUUAUUGGAAAUGGAUCCCCAUCCAGCUUUACUUUCGCUUAAUAUGUCCCCCUUUAGCCUCAGUCCCAAUGGUAGCAAUGGUAGCAAUGGAACUGUAGCAAUGACUUCCAGUGGUAGCCCUCACAGUAACAAUGCGAUGCCGCCUCCACUGUACGGAUCCCCGCCGCUGGGACAGUACUCUAUGGGGGGCGGCAUGCACCACCACCACCACCAUCACCACCACCCCCAACAGCAGCAACACAUGUUGGGUAACCUGGACGCCUCCUAUCUGUUCCCCGCAGGCGGUGCCUCCGUACCGGGAAUGGAUGUUGCAGCAGGUAGUUACCAGCAGUCGCCCCAGCAUCCGGUGGCAGUGGGGGCGGUGGUCACGGGCAUGACGGGGGCCCCCGCGGACCUGCCCGACACGAAGGAGGGAAUCGAGGAACUGUGCCCCGUGUGUGGCGACAAGGUGUCGGGCUACCACUACGGUCUCCUCACGUGCGAGUCUUGUAAGGGCUUCUUCAAGAGGACUGUGCAGAACAAGAAGGUGUACACGUGUGUGGCCGACAGGAGCUGUCACAUAGAUAAGACCCAGAGGAAGCGGUGUCCGUACUGUCGCUUCCAGAAGUGCCUCGAAGUCGGCAUGAAGCUAGAAGGUUAUCGUGACAUGCCUCUCCUUGCAAACAGCGCAGAUUUUGUGGCGACAAAUGUGGCUUGUUAACAAGAAUCCUUGCCAGUCAUACGACAACGAGGAAUGUCGCGAGCUGUUAUGAACAUGAUAAUGUACCUUCGGGUUACAUAAAAGGCCAGAAAUAUAUUACUAGCUUAGCGACAAGUAGCUUCUGAAGUACGACCGUGUUUCGUGGAUUUUCAUAGUUUCCGUGAUGCCUUGUUACCAUCAUGGUUCUUUCUUGCUUUGCGAAUGGAAGAAACGACCUCCGGGUAUUGAAUAAACAGAGAACGCCGACAAGGGGCUUGUGUGUUGGAGACUAAACUCCUCAUCGUGAACGCUGACAUGUUACGAAAAGUUGGCAUAAGGCUUCGGGACAUUACGGGGUCUUAUGAACGAGGUAAUGAACUUUAGGAUUACGUAAACGGGAGUUUUCUGAUAAGUUGAGCGACUACGAGCUAUUCAAGGACCACUGUGCUCCGUGGACUUUGUUUCCAGUACAGUUACCAUGGUAAAAGUUUUGUUUGAAUACAUUUAAUUCGGUAAUUUGGAGUACAGCCACAGCCAAAAAUUUUAUAUUCGUCGAAUAGUUUAACCCUUCGCUUGGACGAGGUAUGAAACGCUCCUAAUUUGUGCUGUAUAAAAAUGUGCACAUUUCAGACUGUUUUGCGUGAUUUCAGGCCCUGGUGUCUGGAUGUCAAUGACCUUGCCGUCUGAGUUUUGUGUUAACGGUCACACUACAAAGUUUAAUUGUAACAGACUUCCGUGCCUUGUCUUUAUUUAAAAUGUGUGAUUUAAACAUGAAGCAUUUCGGGAACUUGUAUCCUAUAAAGGAACUUUACAAUAGUUAGGCUCCUCCUUCUGGAAUUAACUUUUAUAAAAUUUUGUAUGAAAUUGUGAUGGUUUGACCUGUGGUCAUCACUUUGGUGGGUUACCACUUAGGAAGACGUAAGACGUAAUUGCCAGUCAUAUGAGC